AUGGACCCUCUUUGUGGUAUUGAUGGCUCUCGUCCGUCGCCUCCUCGGUCUAGGAAGAUGGCUAGACGGGAUAGCAGCAUCAGCCUUGAAGAAGGCCCUGUCCCUGUAGAGAGACACUCUCCUCAGACUCAUCACUCUAAGGACAAGGGCGCCUUCGAUUCCGCCAAGUCCCCUCUUCCCCUCCUUCGUCCUCACGAACUCCAAACUCCCACCACGAUCCGUGAGGCGAGCCCGGAGGAUGGCUGUCCGCUGCUCCCCUCAGAGCCGAGUCUUCCAUCCUCGCCUAUGGUGACGGCGCCGAUGGAUGUGUUUCUUGGGUAUGAGGAUAGCCAUGAGAAGAUGAGAGUUGGUGGUGUUGCUCCGGCGAAGACGGCUGCUCAGGUUAAGCAGUUGAGAUCGGAGCCUGCUGCCUCAUCUCUUGGGACAUCCAGUUGGCAACAUCCCAGUGAUGAUGAUGUUGACCCAUCCUUGAGUGAUGAGGCCAGGCCCGGUGGUCAUGGUAAGGCGCCUCAAACUCCAGUACUGCAGCCCAUAGCUGGCCGAGCAAUGACUGAGUCGUCCUCCUAUGACAUGAUCCCCUCCGAGCCCCUCGAAGCAGAAGACGAUCCACUUGAGAUGCCUGAUCCAAGCAUCCAGAUCAUGUGUACAUCCAACGGCAUCGACGGUGGCGGUAUCCGACGCCAGUUUAGGAGUGGCAGGAGACAUGAUUCGGCGCCGGGAAUCUGGAGAGUAGUCAGAGUUAGAAAGUCAAAGAAAGACUUGAAGGAGAAACGAGGCAAGAAGCCCUGA